AUGAAUGAAGAAGUUUUUUGGGGUGGUUGUUUAGCCGAGUGGAUUAAAGAUUUGUUAGCUGGAGAAGAACCACUAAUUCCAGUAAAUACAUUAAAAAUUGGUUAUAAUAUUGAUAAUGAAAAUACUAUACAAAAUAAUUUUAAAAGAAUUGAAUUACAGUAUAAAGAUCUUUGUGAUGGAUUUCUUCUAAAUUUAGUAUAUUUUUAUGCUGACUCUGACUCAAUUGACUUUAAUCUUAUUAAUAAUUCUAAUUUGGAAAUUCGAGAUUUUACUGGAAGAUUAAAAUAUCUUAAAGUUUUAUUAAGUAAUCUUUGUCAAUUUUAUGAAAAUCGACUUGGUAGAGUGAUUGUGAUGUCACUACCUGAUUUAAUAUCAAUAGCCAGAAAUCCAUCAACAGAUCAAUCAGGACAUGAAAUGAACAAAUUAUUGUUUCUUCUUUUUGGAUGUACAGUUCAAUGCGAACGAAAAGAAUAUUUUAUUGGACGAUUCAAAUCUAUGAGCUGUGAUCUUCAAAAUGCAUUAUUAUCAGAGAUUAAAAAGAUUACUGAUGAUGCUGAUUAUACAAUGGAUAUAAAUUCUUUACAAUUAUCACAUGAUGAGGAACAUUUUUAUGCUUUAUUACAAAAUUUUCAAAAAAUUAUGAAAGAGAGAGAUUCUUAUGCUAAGGGUAUAUUGGAAUUAGCAUUAGAUAUGGAAUCUGAUACAUCAUCCUCAACAAAUGCCUCUAUUGGUGGAAAUGUUUUAACAUACUCAUCAACAACAUCCUCCUAUAAUUCUGUUAAAAAUAUGAAUGAUUUAUCUGAUCGUGGUAGUACCAGAACUCCAUCUCCAACUGCCUUUGAAAGAAGUGAAAAUCUUAAAAUUACAGAAUUAAAUGAUGAAAAUAGAAAACUAAAAGAUACUAUUUAUGAGAGAGAUGACACAAUUGCAGGUCUUAUGGAUAAUUUAAAAAUAAAAGAAAAAAAAUUAACUAAAUAUGAGGAGGAACUUAAGAAAUUGUUAAAAGAUUCAGUCACAGCACAACAAUGGCAAGAUGAGGCACAUUGCCUAAAACAUCAACUUUUAGAUGCUGAAAGGAAGAUGAUUGAUUAUGAUAAUAUGAAAAAAAAACUUUUAGAUUAUGAAUUUUAUAAAAAUAGAAUGAAAGAUUUAGAAAAAGAAGUUACUACAUUUAAUGAUAAUUUAAAAUUACAAAGAGAAAAAGAGGAACAAUUAAAGAAUAAAGUUAAUCAAUUGUUAAUUUUUGAAAAACAAUCCUCUGAACAGGAGGCUAUUAAUAAAGAGUUACAAACAGACUUGGAAAAAGAAAGAGAAAAUUCCAAGAAUUAUAUGAUGGAGAAUCAUAAAUUAAAAUGUCAAAUUGAAACUUUAGAGCAAUUAUAUACAGAGACACAACAACAAUUAGAAUUAAAUAAUUCAAAUUGCCUUUCGAAGGAGCAUACACUAAGUUUGGCUGAGGAGAUAGAAUAUUGUGAGAGGCCCAAGAUUGCUGAACUUAUAUUUGAAAAUCAAAGUUUAAAAAAUCAAUUAGAAAAUUCUUUUAAUUUACAAAAUGAGACAAAUCGCCAAUCUGACAUCUGUACAAAACUUGAAAAUGAAAUUGAAAUGUACAAAAAACAGUUAGCUGAAAAAGAAAAAGUACUUUUAGAAAUUAAACAAACAUUAAAUACAGAGGAAGAAAAUAGGCAAAAACUUUUAAAAGAAGUUGAGGAACUUAGAGUUGGUAAGGUUACUUUAAGCGAGGUCCUUGAAGAUACCAAAAAACAAUUAAAUGAUAUUCGGAAUGAGUAUAAAAUUGAAAUUGAGUCAAAAAUUAAUAAUGAUAUUAUUGAAUUAAAGAAUACUUUGGAGGAAAAAGAAAAGAUAAUUUCUGAUAUUAAAAAUGAGAAAGAUGCAAUUGAAAAUAUAUUAGAAGAAGUUAAAAAUGACAAGAAAAGGCAAAAGCAUGAGUUGGAUGACUUAAAACAAAUUAUAGAUAAAAUAAGUGUUGAUAACUCAAAUGUUGUUAGGGAGAAAAGAACUUUAGAAAAUGAGAGAAAUGUCUUUAAGAUGAAAUUAGAAAAUUGUGAGGAGACGAUAAAUAAAUUGAAUUUGAAAUGUUAUGAAAUUGAUAAUUUGUCAAGAAAAUUAAAAAUUAAUGAACAAAAUUUGACUGAGAAAUGUUUUAUUCUCUCAGAGGUGGAGUCAGAAAGAGAUUCCCUAAAGAUUGAGAUGCAAACAUUACAUCUUAAAAUGGAGAAAUUAAGUGGUGAAGUUGAAAGUGAAAGAAAUAAGAUAUCUGAUCUUAUUAGUAGAUUAAGAACAGUAAUCAAAACUAUGAAAAUUAACGGUGAACAAUUUUUGGGAAGUGAAAUGAAUAAUGCUUUGGAGAAUAUUUGUAGUAAGGAUGACUCAGAUUUGAUAACUGCCAUUGACUCUGUCUUCAUGGAAAGUUUUAAUGCCGCCAGAAAACAGGCUGAUGCAUUAAGAAAUGAACGUCAAAAACAGAUUAAUGAAUUAGAUAUAUUAAAAAAAGACAUUGAAGGAUUAAGAAAAGAUAGUUGUGAGAUUCCAUGUAAAGAUGAAGAAAAAGAAAUUCUUAUUAAAGAAAACAAAGAAAAUAAAGAAAAAAUUCUUCACUUUGAAAAUAAAAUAAGUCAACUAGAAGUUUUAGAAAAUAGUAAUAAAAUUAAUUUAAAAAAAAUAAAAGAUUUAGAAAAUGAAAAAAGAAGUAUAAAUUUAAAUCUAGAUAAUAUUACUUUAUUAAAUGACUCAUUAAAUUCAGAAAUUAAAACAUUAAGAAAACAAACACAAGCCUCUCAGGUAGAAAAAAAUGAGUAUAUGAAAAAAUUAAGAGAAGUUGAGGAUGCAUAUCAAAGUCUUGUUAAAGAUUAUGAUUGUAUAAAUAAUAUUUAUGGUAAUCUGGUAAAUGAUUAUAAUAUGAGGCGUUCUGAAAUUGAACAUUUAAAAUCUCAAUUAAAGAGUGACUCUGAAUUUUAUGAGUUACAGGCAAACAUGGAACAAUGCUUAAAGAAAAAUCGCAACUUAGAAGAAGAACUUUAUGAGGAACGUUCUAUUAAUGUUCAAAAUCAAAGGCAACUAGUGGCACAACAGAUUGAAGAUAACAAAAUAAGAAAAGAAUUAAUGGAUAUUAAAAAUAAAUUUAACUGUUUGAAAGAGGAACAUCAGGUUAUGAUGAAAAAUGAAUCUUUAAUGAUAAAAAGAAACACCUCAUUAGAUCAUAAAAUAGAUGAUAUGAAUAAUAUUCUUGUUAAAAAAGAUAAAGAACUUUUAGAGUUAAAAGAGGAAUACAAAAAGUUAAAAAAUAUUUAUGAAAGAGAAACAAGUAUGUUAAAUGAAUUAUGUAAUAAUCUUAAAAGAAAAAAUAAAGAGUUACUUCAAAUGAAUGUUAAUAAUAAGGAUACAUAUUAUACAAGAGAUCAAGGAUAUGAGGUAAGGAGACAACUUGAAAACUUUGGUAAUAUUAAAGAGAUGUUAGAAGAAAAAAUUUAUGAUCAAUAUAAAAAUCUUGAAAAAAAUUCUCAAACAUCUGUUCCUUUAGCUACAAGGAAAGUACAAAAACAGUUACUUAAUAUACUUCCUUCAUCUUCAUCAGAAGAUUGUGGAAGUAGUACCAAUUCAAAUGAAGAAACACUUAUCCCACCAUCAAUGAGUGCUAAAUUAACGAGUUUUCCUGACGGUCAGUUAAAUAAAAAUAUAAAUUGCCCCUCUUCCAUUUUUUAUUGUAGAUCAGAAACUCCAAUAUCUGAUAAUACUAAUUUUCAUCAUUAUGACAAGAGUAAUGAUGAUAGUUUAGAUGUUGGAAAUGAUUCUGGUGUUUAUCUACAUUCUCAUAGUGAUACUUCUUAUCAUUCAUAUUCAUCCUCUUCAUCAUCCACUCCUGAUCAAUUUAAGAUGUUGUCAGCACGGGACAAAUCAUCUAUUUUUAAGUUUGCACCAAAUCCACAGUCAUUGCAUGAGACUGAGGAUAUAAAUAGUAUUACUAAAAAUUCAAUUGCACCAAAUUUAAAUGAAUCAAAAAGUUAUAAAAAUAUUUCAAAAUCAUUAAAUGGUAAUUGUCAAAAUGUUGUACCAAAUUUAAUUAAAAAUAACAAUAAUUCUUAUAAUAAUUGUGGAAAUUUUAAUAAAAGUGAAUCUUGUACUGUUGAAGAUAUUACUUUUAUUGAAACAAAAAAAAAAUCUUUUGAAAGGCAAUCUUUGACAACAAGAUCAUUAAGAUAUUUAAAAUUACCUGUUGAAAGAUUUCCCACUAAAAAAGUUCCAGAUGUUAAAAAUUCUGUUGCAGUUAAUGGUGCAAAAGGAUUAGCAUGUUGUUUAAUUCCAAUGAGUAGAAAAGCCAUUAAAAAUGAUACUGAAAUUUAUAAACCAAUUAUAAAAGAACAAAAAUGUUUAUCUGAUAAAGUCAAUAUACCAAUAAAUGAUUCAAAUGAAAUUUGUAGUUCAAAUAUCUCAUCACUUAAUAUGGUAACUCGCCAUCGUCCAAACAGUUUAUAUGAAAAUGCAUGA